GACGCAGAUGGACAAGACCAGUGCAGAAUGACAUACCUAUCGGGCAUAAAUCAACAACAUCGAAAAAGUAUGUUGUGCAUUGUUUUUCAGCGGACGCUCACACCCCGCAAGACGAACGAUCUUGUGAACUGAUGAAGUUGUUAGAUGCUAAAGCGCUGAUGCUGACUGAUGAUACAAGCUGCCAAAUAUUUAACUGCUGCAUUAUAUGCAAAUUCCAAGCUCGCACUUAUUAUUGCUGCGUGUAAAGCAAAUCUCAAAAUAGUUUUUCCAUGCAAAACGCGGCGAUUGAGCGCUAGUUAGACGUACUCUAAAUUAGUCAGUUAGUUUGUGGUACAAAACAAAAAGUGAAGCGCUGUCUCAGCGCGAACGCUGUACCCACGCGGUCAAUUCUUGUUAUUGGUGCGACUCGUCAAAAAGCCAGCCAACCAGCCAGCCAGCCAUCGAGAAGAAUGUUUUAAUUUAUUAAAGCUGUUAAUGUACGGAAAAAGACAACAACCAACAGUUCGGUGCUACUAAAAUGGUAAUGUGAUGGACUGACCCAAGUUGAUCGAUAUAAAAAGCUACGGAGGUCGUUUAAGAGCAACAGUUACACUUUUGACUUGGUGGUUGACGCAGCAUACGGUUUAACAGUGCAUAAAAAAUGAAGCUCUCUUGUUUUUUAAUGAUCGGCAUUUUGGCUGCGGUCGGGCAGGCACGUAGUGACAAAUAUUUCGGCGGGAAAUACCACGCACCAGCAGCAACAAGAGCAACAACACGCCAACAAACAACAACCAGCAAAACAAACAACCCACAACGGCAGACAAGCAGCGAUUACAAACGUCCCAAUAGCAUUGGCGGCGGCCGUGGCAGUGAUGCUGGGCCAAAAGUGCCGAUCUUGCGUAAUGAUCAAGAGAUGAAAAAGGAUGGCAGCUAUCACUAUCAAUACGAAACGGGCAAUGGCAUUAGCGGCAUGGAGCAGGGCACCGCUGGUGUAGCGGUGAAGGGCGCUUCCAGCUAUGUCUCCCCCGAAGGUGUUGAAAUCAAGCUAUCUUACACAGCGGAUGAGACUGGCUAUCAUCCGGUGGGCGAUCACAUACCCAAGACACCGGACUAUGUGUUCCGCGCACUCGAAUAUAUACGCACACACCCCUUCAAGGUGAUCAAGGCUAGCGAUUUGCGCCCACGACUCUCCACUGUGAUUGCGCCACCUUUGCAGACGCCCAGCAAUCCGCGCAAUCUCAACUACAAGUCGAGCAGCUUCAAUAGCAAGAGCAAAAGCGCUACGUCGAAGAGUCAGAGUCAACGCAAUGCUAGACGCAAUAAUAAUUUAAGACGCCGCUUUUGAAGUGUGUCUAUUUUACGUCUACUGUAAAGUGGUUCACACUCUGAUCUAGCCUAGAUAAGUUGAAAAUGUAUUCUAAUUUAUUUAUAAAGAAUUUAAUGAAUUCUCCAUGCACAUUACUGAGCUGACGGGCUGACGGACCGACGCACUCAUUCAUAAUUAAUUAUAUUCGCACAAACACUUUACUGUUAUAUAUAUGUAUAUGUAUAAAUAAUGCAAAUCGGAUAAAAAGAACUCUUCAACAUUUUUUCUAAAGGGAGUUUGAAUAUCCAAGUGACUUUGUUAAC